CCUUUGCAACCCCAAAUUUGGAGUCACCCAUUUGCACCCCUAACGUAGGAGACCCCGUUUGCACCCCCAGAAUUGGGGUCCCCCCCUUUGCACCCCCAAAUUUAGGAUCCCCCCCUUGCACUCCCAAAAUUGGAACCCCUCCCCUUGCACCCCAAAGCCCUGACAUUUGGGGUCCCUCCCUUUGCACCCCCAAAUUUGAGGUCCCCUCUUUACAUACCUAGAUUUGGGGUCCCGCCCCUUGCAAUCCCAGAGCCCUGAGAUUUGGGGUCCCCUCUUUGCACCCCCAAAUUUGAGGUCCCCUCUUUGCACCCCAAAUUUGGGGUCCCCACCUUUGCACCCCCAGAUUUGGCUCCCCUCCUUUGCACCCUGAAAUUUGAGGUCCUCCCUUUGCACCCUUAGAUUUGGGUCCCCCCAAAAGGUGGGGGGGUGAGGGUUCCCAGGAUUGGGGUCCCUCCAUAAUUGGGGGGCGCUGGGGGUCAGUUUUGGGGGUCCUCUCUCACCACCUGGACCAAGGGAAUCCUCAAUAAUUUGGGGGCACACGGGUCACAUUUGGGGUCCUCCCCUUGUCCUCCAUCACCUGGACCAAGGGGGUCCCCCAAUAACUGGGGGGCUCAGAGGUCAGUUUUUGGGGUCCCCUUCCCACCACCUGGACUAAGGGAGUCCCCAGUAAUUGGGGAGGGCACAAGGAUCCCAUUCGGGGUCCCCCCCCUUGUCCUCCACCACCACCUGGACCACGAGGUCCCUCAACAAUUGGGGGGUCUCAGAGUUGACUUUUUAGUGUCCCCUCCCACCACCUGGAGCAAGGGGGUCCCCAAUAACUGGGGGGCUCCAAGUUGACUUUUGGAGUCCCCUCAAGCUCCAGUUCAGGCUGGAGUCGCUCAAGCUUUGGAAUGGCGAGGGGGUGGUGUGGUGUGAGAAAGGGGUGCAGGUUCUCCUCACCAUGGUGGGCGCCUUUGCCGCCUUCGGUCUCAUGACCAUCGCCAUCGGCACCGACUAUUGGCUCUAUGCCCGCGCCUUCAUCUGCAACACCAGCAACAUCUCAGGCGAGGACGCGGCUCACCGCGACCGCCGCGAUCCUGGAGGUUUGACCCAUUCUGGGCUCUGGAGGAUCUGCUGCCUCGAAGGCCUGAAGCGGGGGCUGUGCCUGAAGAUCAACCACUUCCCCGAGGACAUGGAGUACGACCACGACAGCGCCGAGUACCUGCUGCGUGUCGUCCGGGCCUCGAGCAUCUUCCCAAUCCUGAGUGCGGUGCUGCUGCUCCUGGGUGGUGUCUGCGUGGCUGUCAGCCGCCUGCGUCGCGCCCGCGCCAGCCUCGUCCUUGGCGCUGGCAUCCUCUUUGUCGCUGCCGGCCUUAGCAACAUCAUCGGGGUCAUUGUCUACAUCUCGGCCAAUGCCGGUGACCCGGGAACCAAACGAGACGAAGACAAGAAGAGCCAUUACUCCUACGGAUGGUCCUUCUACUUUGGUGGCCUCUCCUUCAUCUUGGCCGAGGCCAUCGGUGUCCUCGCCGUCAACCUCUACAUCGAACGCCAUCGCAAAGCCCGCGGUGGGGGGCUCGGGGGGGGGACGGGACCUGGACCUCCUCCUCCUCCACCACCACCUCCUCGUGUCCCAUCGGGUCCUCGGCCUCGGCCUCGACGUCGCUCUCGCUCCAGUUCUCGCUCCAGCGAGCCAGGACGCUCCCGCGACGCCUCCCCCCCUCCACCGCCCCCCGCUUUGCCCCCCGCCGGGAAAUCGGGGACACCAGGAGGUGGAGGAGGAGGAGGAGGGGGUGGGGGUGCCCCCCAAGGUGACAUCUCCAUGUACACCCUCACCCGGGAAGGACCACCUGGGCCGCCCCCCCCACCCGGCACCCCUGGACCCCCCUUUUUGCAGUUACACAAUGCCUUCGGCAAAGACCCCUCUGGAGGCCCCCCCGACAGCGCCUCGGGGACCAGCACCCUCAACCGAAAGACCACUCCCGUCUAGGGACCCCCCAAAAAACA